UAAGCAGGAGAUAGUGCAGGUGUUAGGCACCCUCAGGCACCCAACGGUUUCUCGUCCACCAAGUUCAUUCCUAAUAUCUGCCGAAUUCACAGAUAAACGGAUACAGGAUGUACUCUUGGAAGGCACGCACACUUCUGGCGCUGGUCCUCGUCUCGACGGCGACCCAAGGGGGCCUCGGCUCAAAACGCGACUGUGAAUACGGAAGAAGGCAGACGGCCAAGUACAUUGUGGAUAUUGCUACAAGAGCCACAGCGAGUAUAGACAGCUUCAAAGACGAUUUCGUACAAACUAUCCUAAGCAUGGACUGGAAUACAGCCAACUACUACCUACCCCCUGGCUAUGUCGAAGAUGAGUGCCUUCCUCCACCUCCGCCUCCCCCAGGCACGUACGAAGUUCAGGCCUUCACAGACGAGCUGGUGCGCAUGUACUCCCUCAUGCAGAACUACAGCGCGGCGCUCCACCACCUCACGCUCGACCGGGUCCUCAACAUAAUCCAAACCACAGACUACAAUGAGGAAGUGAGUGGCGUUUCUGACUACCUAGACCUCCUCAUGAACCACCUGAGACAAGGAAUCAUCUGCCGCAACAGAGUUCCCGACAAUCAAGAGACAGAGAGAAUCACGAAGAGAAUCUACAUCGACGUCGGGGCGGACAGGCACUCGAGGGACUUCGCCAUCCUCCGGGACACCCUCGAUGCGCUCGAACACUGUAUCGAGGUGUUCCAAACUUUCACUUAAAAUCUCCAGAAUUGCGAUUUUCUCUAUAAAUACGUUCUUUUUUCUCUAAUUUGAACUGUGUUAAUUAAUUUUACUAUUUAUUUAUUUGAUGUGUUAUCCGUCUGGUACAACAAUGCUGUUUGUAAUG